UCUUCUAGUCUCUUCUUUAUCAGUUGCAAUAUGGCUACUCCAGAAAGUGAAACUCCAGCUGACAUCUUUCAGGACAAGUUUGGUGAAAUUCCUCCAUUGAUUGGAAAAGAGGCAAACUUCACUACUGUUACUGAUAAUCUUUUUGCAAAAAAACUGAUUACUAAAAAAGAAAUUGCUGGAAUAACAACGCAACAUAAUCUUGAUGAUAAUAAGAGAGGAAGUGCCCUAGCUAUGCAUCUCUUUGACAAAAUAGAUGUAGAUGAUGAUGACAAGUCUGCCCAAUGUUUACAAAAGAUAUGUGAUGUGUUUGAAAGCAAAAAUGUGAAUAAUGAAGAACUAAAGAAAAUUGGAGCAGACAUGAGGAAAAAGCUAUUAAGCACAACUGCUACAUCACAAGUAUGGCCUACUGAUGCUAUCUCUUCUGCUCCACCACAACCCAGUGAACCCACAACUACACAGACAAACCCAAAUGAACUAAAUGUAGGUGAUGUCCAGAAAGUUUUAAAUGCUUUAAAUAAAGCAAUGUUUGGUCCUACAAAUUGGAGGAGCUUAGGACUAUCUCUGGGUCUCAUUGCACCGACACUUGAUACAAUUGGUAGAACAAAUGGUGAUGCCGAAGAUUAUCUGGAAAAAACUAUUCAAAAAUGGUUGCAGAGAAAGGAUCAAGUUAAAGGAACAACAUGGAAGAUCUUGAAAGAAGCAGUUGCAAGUACUGGAGACAAUGCAGCUGCUGGAAGAAUACCAUCACAUUAAAUUUAACUAUUAUUGUCCCUUUUUUAUUAUUAAAGUUGUUGCUGUUUAGUGUUGACAUCUCAACAACUGUUUAGUGUUUAUUAGAAAAAGAAUGUUAACGUUG